UGACGUACAUCCUUCAUUUCUCAGGUCUGCUGUCUCUGAUUAAACUCCAAGCUUUGUAAAUGUCAAAUGUGCAUCACUAAUACAUCUUUGUCAGCGGGUGAUAAACAAAUGUCAUGCUCUCCUCAGCAGACGGGUAAUCUGGACUUUAUACCCCUGAGCUUCAUUUUUAUUACCUUCAUUGACAUAUAUGUUGUUGGAAUCAGUGUGGCUGCCUGAAUUCCCAAUAAAAUAUUUUUACCUGCAUCAGUUAAACAGCCUUUCCUAUGAAUUUAAAGAGAUAUAUUUUCAUGUUCAACAUAAAAGGACUAGACUCAUGGGCUAAAUAAAUCACCUGAUAUAUUCAUAAAAUAAUCUCUUUAUGUGUUCUGCUGUCUAAAGAGCUGAUAGAUGAACAUUUGCACACCUGUGUCCCCAGUUGUCAAAUCCAGUAAAACAGGUCAAUGAGAUUCAAAGGUGAUAAAGCCACUGUGGACCUGCUACAACACCCAUCCUGAUUUAUUCAUGGAUAUUAACUCAGGAUCCACAUUUUAAAAUAGAACUCUCAAUAAAAACACUGCAUUGAUUAUGAUUCACUCAGCUUUGGUAGAGUGGUGUAUAUAAGAAAAGAAAGCUUCCAUCCACCUCAUUCACCAAAGCCUGACCUGAUAGGACCUUCAGCCUGCUGCAGAGAUGAACUGUAACCUGCUCCUGUCCUGCUCUGUCCUCCUGCUCUCCUGCAGUCAUCUCUUAGCACAUCCUGUUUCUGACACUGCUGACAUGACUUACAGCGGCCCUGAUUCAGUGGAAGAGGCUGGAGGCGUCAGACCAGAUGAUUUCUCUGUCUCUGAUCUCAAUGAUCUCCUGCAGAGGGCGGCAGUCCUAGAAUAUUCCCCGCUGCUCAGCCGAGAGAAUAUCAAAGUGCCUGGGCAGAUUCCUAAAGAGGCUCUUAGAGAGUUACUGUUAGAAAAACCGUAUCGCCUCAUUCCUCCCAGCGGCCUGUGGGGCGGCAGGAGACAGUUCAGGAAGAGAAGCGGCGGUGCAGAUUGCUUCUGGAAAUACUGUGUUUGAGGCAUUCGUGACAUACUGAACUGAGUCACAGGGCUUUUAUAGCUAUUCCUAACAGUAUGGACUCUCUCUUUCACACACACCCACACAAAAAUAUACAUAAUACAAAAGCAAAAAUAUACAGGACACAGUUAUAAAACUUUUGUGCAAAACAGUUGCUUCACAGAGAGACUGAUGUAAACCACUAACCUAAAGUAUCUGGGAUUUUUUUUCAACAUAUCUUCAGCUUUUAUGUGUCUGUAAAUUUUGAAUAACAUAUAAUUCUGGAAUAUUUGAAAAAAUUCUUUAUAGAAGAGACCACAAUAGCUGUACUGUAUAAGACAUAUAACUGUAAACUAUAAAUAAAUGCAAAAAUAAAAUAAUA